AUUAAUUGCUUACGAUUUCGAGUUUUUUUGUACAGCCGUCUUUCAGCCUUUAUCAUCUGAGGAAAUGGGUAGAGUUCCGAUGAACAGCCGGAUUCUGACGUUUGACAACCGGGGAUUGGAGUUUUCCGGCGAUGUCGCGAUAAACUUGUCGGGGAAUACGGUCUUCGAGUUUCUUGACGAUGACCAUGGUCAAUGGUCGUCCCCGGGGUCCACGUGCGACGAAAUUUGGGAUGAAAGUGAAGAGGUCGGGGAUGAGGGUGAGAGAAAAGAUAACGUUGAAGACAUCGAUAACUGUUUCUGGGAAGCUCAACAGCAACUCUUACAAGCUACGUUGUGCAGAACAACUCCCUUAGAGACAAAAAUUAGGAGUAUCACAAGAGAAACAUUAAAAGAAGCAAAGGAAAGGGGAGAAGCAUGUGAUUGCGAGAAACCACCGGUCAAUGGAGGCUGCCGUAGCUGCCUAAUGAAGGCGGUUUGUUGCCGUCUCCGAGAAGCUGGUUUCAACUCCGCCAUUUGCAAGUCUAAAUGGAUGAGCUCGGAUAUACCCUCAGGUAUUUAUUUAUUUAUUUAUUUAUUUAUAUAUUUAUAUAUUUAAUUUAUUUAUUCCAUCACUUAUGUAUCAUCACAACCAUUAAAGACGAGCUUUGCAUUUUGUUCCAAAAAAAAUAGACGAGCUUUGCAUAAGUAAAAAAAUAAAUCAGAAAUAGAAUCACAAUCAAUUUCCAGAAACCGAUCUCGUCCAACUUCUGAAUAACUGCUUCAACGAGUAUUUUGGAACCAUCAGACAUAUUUCUACACUUUCACUCAAACACUCUAAUUUUGUUUCUUUUCACUCGGAGAGUGGAUUUUUUUAAGAAAUAGAUAUAAACACUCUCUAAUUAAUGUAAUUAUCUCUCCCAAAAUUUUGAUGUGUAAAUGUCUAAUUAUGUGUUUGUGAAUUGUGAUAAUAUGAUAGGUGAACAUACAUUCUUAGACGUGGUAGACUACUCCAACCCCAAAAGAGGAGAGGUGAGAAUCGUGAUCGAACUAAGCAUUAGAAGGCAGUUUGAGAUGGCAAAAGCCGGCGAAGAAUACGAUAAACUGGUGAAGGUGUUGCCGGAGGUGUUCGUCGGAAAACUGGAAAGACUGAUGGCCGUCAUAAAGAUUUUGUGCGCGGCGGCGAAGAAAUGCAUGAAGGAGAGGAAAAUUCAUAUUGCCCCAUGGAGAAAGUAUAGGUACAUGCAAGCCAAGUGGCUCAAAACAACCCACCGUACCACGGCGGCUCUACUGUUCCCCGCCGGUGACUCUACCCGGCGUCCCCGGCCGAGAGCGUCGAUGCUCACCGUUGAUCUGCUCGAGAGUUUGCCCAAUCCCCACCGUACAGCAGUCGCAGUCGUGUGAAUUGAUGAGUUAUUGAAUUGAACAAAUUAAAUAUCUUAGCGGUCGUGUGAAUGAGUUAUUUACUUAUUUAAUUGAUCAAAUUAAAUUUGUUCUUGUACUUAAUUACUUUUAUGAGUGUACUUUCGUUUUUCGUUAUUAUUAUUACUCCUACUACUUUAUUCUUUGUUCUUGGACAGUUGGACUAAUUGAUUAGUGGUCUGAAAGAUGCAAUUGUUGUGAU